AUGAUCGACGCGAAGCUGUGCCAGAUAGUCCUGGUGCUGGUCGGCGGGACGCAUUUCCUGCGUGCGGAUCCCUCGGCCUCCCCCACCGCCAGAGGUGCCGGCGGUUCCAGCGUGGUGGCAGGGAACCACAGACCGGGGAAUACCGGGGAGAGGCCUUAUUUCGAUGACAUCUCGCCCAGGAACUUGACAGCCAUCGUGGGCCAAUCGGCGGAGCUGAGCUGUCACGUCAAACAUCUCGGCGACCGGACGAUAUCCUGGAUGAGGAAGAGAGACCUGCACAUCCUGACCUCGUCGGUCUACACUUACACUGGAGAUGACAGAUUCUCCGUCAAGCAUCCGGAGGCCUCGGACGAGUGGAGGCUCAGGAUCGACUACGUCCAGCCUAGGGAUGAAGGGAUCUACGAGUGCCAAGUCAACACCGAGCCCAAGAUGAAUAUGGCCUUCCUCUUGAGCAUCGCAGAAAGUGCCCAUGUCCCUGCCACUGCAUCGAACACCAUUCAUCGGACGCUCCACUCAGCCGCGCAGGCGAAGAUUCUGGGCCCGCAGGAGAUCUUCGUGAAAAGAGGCAGCACGAUAAGUCUGACUUGCACGGUUAACGUGCAAAGUACACCUCCUAGCAGUGUUUCGUGGCAUCACGGAGGUGCCGUGGUGGAUUUUGAUAGUCCUAGCGUUCACCACAGGGGCGGAGUUUCGUUGGAGACCGAGAAAACGGAGAGUGGGACGACCAGCAAGCUUCUGGUCACCCAGGCCAAGCUGAGUGACAGCGGAAAUUACACCUGUAUACCCAGCAACGCCAACCCAGCAAGUGUCAUGGUCCACGUGCUGAAUGGAGAACAUCCAGCGGCCAUGCAACACGGCGGGAGCUGCGAGGUGACCCCGACUCUUUUGCUGGGGACCCUGGCUCUUCUGGGGGCGAAUCUGCUGAGGUGAGCGACUCCCAGGGGUCACGUUCCGUGACUGACGAGAAGAUGGUGCGACCAAUUCGCCCAAGGACGGCCCCGGUGUCUCGGGCUGAAGAAUAAAUGUCGACAAUUAGACGUGUGGAAAUCUGCCGUGCACCGCAAGCGAGCUGCGAAUCGACAUCCUGGUGAAAUCGCGCGAGUGAGAUAGGACCGACAGACCCUAAGAAGUACGACCAAUGGACUUCUUCCGAAGCGCAGUGUCAUAUGAAGAUUAUAGUGAUCGCGAUAGUGCACUCCGACUUUUGUGCAACGAGGAAAUCCGGGAACGCGAGAGCUCCCCGGAGUUAUUAUAGAGACCGUCUAGUCUAGAGUAACGUGGACAUUCCGGCAGAUCUGUACAGUUCGAUGCAAGGAGAUCAAAAUAGAAUCUAAAACGCCUGCGAGGCGGAUUUACUGAAAAAAAAGGAAAAGCCAAAAAAAAAUCAAAACGUAUACAUGAUUACAUUCUAGCGGAAUAAAGCCAAGUCCUAAUUAGAAGACUCCAUUGCCGGUUAGACCGUCGUUUACGGA